AUGGGCACCGCAGCUCUAAAUGAUGGAGUAGGAAAGCUCCCCGCCCUUGGGUUCAACACUUGGAACCUGUACCAGUGUAAUUACACUGCCGACGUCUUGCUGGAGCAGGCCCAGGCAAUAGUUGAUCGCGGCCUUUUGAAGGCCGGAUACAAUUACUUUAUGCUUGAUGACUGCUACUCCUUGAAGGAGAGGGACGAGAAUGGCAGGAUUGUCGAAGACCCGGAAAAGUUCCCGAAUGGCAUGAAGAACUUCACCGAGUCGCUGGCCAAGCUGGGCUUCCGGGCGGGCAUCUACAGCGACGCGGGCUACCGCACUUGCGGAGGCUAUCCGGGCUCGUACGGCAAUGAGGCCAAGGACCUCGAGACGUUUGCCGAGUGGGGGUUCGAGUAUCUCAAGUACGACAAUUGCUACAUCCCCUUCGACAACGUGACGCAGGAGAACGUGUACGGGCGGUACGAGCGGAUGGCGGAGGCGAUCCGGGCGCGGGCCGAGGAGACGGACUCGGCGCCGUUGCAGCUGGCCCUCUGCGAAUGGGGGUGGCAGCAGCCGUGGCGGUGGGCGGGGCGGCUGGGCCAGUCGUGGCGGAUCGGGGGCGACAUCCGGCCGUGGUGGUCGGCGCUGUCGAGCAUCAUCAACCAGGCGAGCUUCAUCGCGGGCGCGACGGGCUUCUACGCGCGCAACGACCUCGACAUGCUCGAGGUGGGCAACACGGGCAUCGGGACGCCGCCGGGCAACCUCAGCUACGACGAGGCAAAGUCGCACUUCACCGCCUGGGCGCUCCUAAAGUCGCCCCUGCUGAUCGGCUCCGAUAUGGCCUCUGCCUCCCGCGAGACGAUGGAGAUCCUCGGCAACGAGGACAUCCUCCGCAUCAACCAGGACCCGCACGUCGGCGAGGCCGUCGCCCCGUUCCGCUGGGGCCACAACGCCGACUACACCUGGGACCCGGACCACCCGGCCGAAUACUGGACGGGGAACUCGUCGUACGGCGUCGUCUUCAUGGUCCUCAACACUUUCGACGAGCCCCGCCACAUGUCCUUCAACCUGACCGAGAGCUGGGCCAUCCGGGCCGGGCGGCUCUACUCGGUCUAUGACCUGUGGACGCACACCGAUAACGGGACGGCCUACCGCAACAUCUCGCUCACCCUGCCCCCGCACGGCGUGGCCGCGCUGCUGCUGAACGACGCCGGCCCGGAACCCGAGGCUGCCGAGCCGUACUGCGCCGUGUGGUGGCAGUGCUCGUAUCCGAAUGUCCUAGUCGUCGACGAUGACGACGGAUGGCACGGCUGA